AUGAGGCCUUCACGGUAUGCUGUCGAGGAAUUCAAUGUUCCAACCCCUCCUGAGGUCUACAACUACCGAGUCUAUGUGCUCGCUGCCCUAUCUUCGUUCGGCGCCUUCAUUUUCGGUUAUGAUCUUGCUUUCAUCGGCACGACUCUGGCCCUUCCUUCGUUUCAAAAGAGCUUUCACUUGCCCAAGAACACCGAUGCCUUUUCGGCAAAUAUUGUCUCCCUUCUCCAAGCAGGGUGUUUCUUUGGCUCCCUCAUCGCGGGUUGGAUGGGUGACAAAAUCGGUCGAAAACUUGCUUUGAUGGUGGCUGGCGUUAUUUUUUGCGUGGGUUCUUUGAUGCAAACUGUUUCGCAUGGCAAUGUUGCUGUUAUGUUCGCUGGCCGUGCUGUCGGAGGACUGGGAGUUGGAUCAGCCAGUAUGCUAGUUCCACUGUACCUCGCCGAAGUCUCUCCACCAGCAAUUCGAGGCCGCUUAGUUGGGAUCUAUGAAAUCGGUGUCCAGGCUGGAACAUGUAUCGGAUUUUGGAUCAAUUACGGCGUGAAGCUGAACAUGCCUGAAUCCGAUGCUCAAUGGAUCACCCCCUUUGCGAUACAAUUGAUCCCUGGUGGGCUCCUCAUCUUGGGCAUGCUGUUCCUGCCAGACUCUCCUCGAUGGUACGCCCGCUUCCGUGGCCGAGAAGCCGCUGUCAACGUGCUUGCGAAGCUGCGAAAUCUGCCCGUGGAUCACCCAUACAUCCAAGAAGAAAUGUAUCGCGUUAUUGAUCAAAUUGAGCAUGAGCGCGAAGCAACCCCGGGAAAAGGCCUCGUUGCUGAAUUCAAGGAGCUUUCGAGAAAGGGCAACCGAAACCGAAUAGCCAUUGGUGUCACCCUCUUCAUCUUCAUGCAAAUGGCUGGUUCAAAUGCUAUCAACUUCUAUUCCCCACGCAUCUUCAAGUCCAUCGGGCUGAAGGGCUCGAAUACAGGCCUUUAUGCCACUGGAAUCUACGGCCUCGUCCGUUUCGUCGCAGUCUGCAUUGCCAUCUUCUUUGUGGUCGACCGCUUCGGAAGGACGAAGAUGUUGAUCUAUGGCUCAGCACUCAUGGCCGCUUGCAUGUGGUACAUCGGCGCCUAUGUCACCGUUAACGGUGAAACGACAACGAAACAUAUCUCGGCCGGGGGAUACGCCGCCUGCACCUUGAUAUAUGUCUAUGCCAUCGGCUUCUGCUUCUCAUGGGCUGGAGUUCCCUGGAUCUACUGCUCCGAGAUCUUCCCCCUACGCAUCCGAGGCAUCUGCGUAGCCAUCUGCACGGCCACCCACUGGCUCAUGAACUUUGUCAUCGCAAGGAGUGUCCCAUACAUGAUUUCAAACAUCGGCGGAGGCACCUACUUUGUCUUUGCUUCAUUCCUGACGGCGGCCGUGUUCUUUGUUUACUUCUUCGUCCCAGAGACCAAGGGGUUGAAUAUGGAAUCCAUGGAUCAGCUAUUCGGGGUUCCCGGCGCAGGCACACAUUCCUUCCCUCAUGUUGAUGAGGAAAAGGCUCAGGCUGAGACAGUGGAGACGGCCAAAUAA